AUGAAGAAUAGCGGGCAAAGUGGCUUGCUGCCGGUAGAUAACAUGGAGAAGGGUUACCAAGAGUCAUUAAGCCAACCCUGCAAGGACCAUGCAACGCCAGGGAACAGCUCUUUCAAUGGCUGUUGUCGGCUAUGCUUGAAAGGAAAUUGCCAUCUGCAGAAACUAUUCCCCGGCGGGUACACUGAGGAUGUGCUGAUAAGUAAAAUCUUCGAAUGUACCACAGUUGAGAUCACAUUUGAAACAGAUCCGGAUGCCUUGAUAUGCUACAGCUGUGUAGCAAAAAUUGAAGAAUUCCAUCGCUAUAGGGAACAGUGUCGCAGUAACGAUGUACAGCACAAGAAUUCCUUACGACGGGCGGACGUCAACCAAAUUCAUAGUGCGACAACAUCAGCAUUGUUACCAGCGAAGUACAUCAAGAAGGAAAUAGACUCGGAAGGGUUUGAAAUCAGUGCUUCCGAUUUCUUCCCCAUCGAUACUGAGCAGUCAUCGUAUGGCGCUUUCGAAACAUCACUAGAUGCUCCAACUACCAGCGUUGCUGACUCAUCUGGUGCGGUGGUAGACUCGACUAUUCCUAACGAGAAUGGCGCCUUGAACGAUUCCGACGAAGAUGACGAUAAUCAUGAAAAUUUAUUGGAACUGAUGCCAGAGCGAACAGAGGACAGAUUUAUUAUAUCGUAUACCAACGUAAAUGACGAGUACGAUGAUCAUAAUGAAGUCGUAUGUGAGAUGCCGAUCAAAGAGGAACCGCAAGAUCUUGAUGGUGGCGACACGGUCGGUCCUUGGAAUGAUUAUGAGAUGGGUGACGAUGGUGCCAUGGAUCAUCACAACAGUACUUCCUUGGUACCGUUGCUGGAGGAUUGUUCCUACUCAUCGGAUUCCGAGGCUGAAAUGGAAGUGGAGCGGAUUGCAUACCGCGAGGUGUACAACGAUACCGGAACGUUGGUGUGCAUAAUGCAGGAUGGGUUCCUGUACGUGCAAAAGAGCAACACCCUAUGGAGUUGUCGAAUGAAAGAUUGUACAGCCGGAGUCAUACGGUACACCGAUCGUAAGGAACUGCAGUCAAAUGGGAUCGAUCACAUUCACACUAGAGAAGUGCGAAACACGGCAAUGGACGAGGAAAUAUUACAACUAGUAGAACACAGGUCACGCGACGACGAAUCCUUCCAUUACGUUACGAACGAACGGCAUGGAAGUUCCCUUGUUUACAAAGGAUACAAGUACUGCAUGAAGCAUAUCAGGGUGGACGGAACAACGUACUGGAAGUGCCGAUCGUACAAUGGUUCCUGCUCGGCCGCCGUUUAUCAAUCACAGAACAAUGAAUUUACCACAGUGGGAAGGCACACACACGCAAAGCAGGUACCGUACAAUGCUACAAAAGCAGUGCAACCAUCGUAUGUUACUAGCGUCAGUACGGAAGGUGAAGGUUCGCCGCCAAAGAUUAAACUACGAAUCGCUCGGCAAACAGACGCUCCCACUGUAAAAGAGCAAACCUUACCGGAAGAAACGGAAGCGAAAGAUUACAAGCAGUUCUCACCCUACAGAAAACCACUUCAAGUCUUCAAACGAGGUUAUGGUCAUAAAAUCGUGAAGAAUUCCAACGGACGCACCCGUCUUUAUUUCGACGGAAACCUUUACGUGCGGGAAUCUUCUCGCAACGAUGAAUCGGGUGCGGUGGUGGUACUGUGGCGCUGCCGGCGCAACUAUGACAUGUGCGGUGUGAAGGCUUUACAGCACGAGGACGGAUUGGUGGAGGUGCUCGGUGAACACGACCAUUCGUCGUUGAAGAAAUCGUUGAAAAUACCGGAAAACGUUACCGGUACUACCGCGUACGAAAUACUUUCCACGCCCAAAGGCGGCGAGAAGCUGCUGCUUGAUGGAUAUAAUUAUGUGAAGGCGUACUGUCGAUCGAACGGAAUGAGCCUUUGGCGUUGUAUGGGCGAGGGUGGUACAUUCUGCCGCGCAAAGGUUAUCGUAGCGAAAGAUGGGUUGGCGUAUAUCUACCGAAACGCAACGCACUCGCACAGUAAACCAACGAAUGUUAAAAAUUUGGUUUCAGAAAUGGUGGAAACUAGUCCUACCACCAGGACCAGAGGCAUAAAAACAGAUGAAAAUGUGGAGAAAAAAGUGUGCAGUACCUCAGCAGGGACUGAAGAAUCUAAAGCAGUCACACCGUACACGACGACGAUACGCAAACCUGUACCGCCCGUACCGCCGGUUGCUCCAAGCCAAACGAUGAAAGUGACGUCCAAAACGCAACCUGCGCGCAACUAUCGUGUCAUCAAAAACAAGAAAGGCAACAAGGCACUGGUACACGCUGGAUACCGGUACUGCAGAAUUCGAACGCGACAAGAUGGCAGCGUCUGCUGGUUGUGCAAGUUUAACAAAAAAACGUGCCGUGUUGCGCUGUACGAGCACCCUGAUGGACGAUUGGAAUGGACUAACCACAGACGUCACAAUCAUGGUCCCACCGAUCCAAUAGAUCCACCCAAAAAACAGCCGCCGCCGCCACCACGACCAUCACCACCAUUCACAUCACCGCUACGUGGUAAGCGUACCGCGUACCAUAUUGACGACGACACGUUUGUCAACAACGAAUGGUUCUUUGUGCGAAAUCACAAAAAUGGCACCACACUCGUACACGCCGGUUACCGAUAUCAUAAGAAAGGAAAUCGCGUCAACGAUACGUCACUGUGGCGUUGCGCCCAAGCGUGCCAUGGUUGCCGUGCCGCCAUUGUAUUGCAUCCCGACGAAACGAUUGCCAAGUUUGAUGAUAUCGAUCACAUUCAUGCACCGCCCGUCACGGCCAUAAAGGAAAUGGAGGUAAUUGUCGGUGAUCCGGAUGAAAGUGUGGAGCGGGACAAUAGUACAACCAACAACAGUAACGAUUCUGAGCCCGAUUUGAGUUUGGUGCACUUUAAUGGAUGCAUUGAAGAGCAGGACGAUCCGGAGGCUAAUAUGCGCUCGCUGCUAAACACAAUGCUGCUAGAUGUUUCGGACGAACCGGUGCAUAAAUCGGUGGACAAACUGGUGAUUCCUGCAGAAAGAGCUCAUUUAAAGUACGUCACAAACCGUCGGCAUACGAAAAGUUUAGUGUUUAAGGGAUAUCGGUAUGCUCGGUCUAGUAUUGGAGUACGUGUCGAUGGAUCGGUGCGAUGGACCUGCCAAAUGAAUAAAAAAACGUGCCGUGUAUCCGUGCGUGUAUUAAAAGAUGGUAGCGUAGAAAUGAAUGGCCAAAAACACAACCACGCACAGCUACCGGAAGAUAGGGAAUCGGAUGAUGAUAACGAUGAUGCGAAUGCAUCAGUCUGGAACGAUGGCACGAACCCGGCUGUCGAGAGUGACGACAACGAAGAGGAGGGCGAGGAGGAGGAGGAGGAACAGGAAUCGUACUAUUUCGCGUUAAACCGUAGCAAUGGUAAAAGUUUGAUUUAUCAGCGCAACCGAUUUAGUCGCGAACAUGUGCGCCCUGAUGGAUCAACCGUUUGGCGCUGCAUGGUGCGCACCGACUGUAUGGCAAAAGUUGUGCUACUGCUUAGUAAUAAAUGCAUCCCUUACCGGGAUGCAGCUCACAACCAUCCACCGUUGGAUGUGCUACCGAAACCGAUACACUAUCCGGAGCAACGGGGUAAAUUGAUCGUCAAAGGUGACAUGCUAGUGUACAAGCAAAAUCGUAUGAAAAAAAUGAAAUCCUUCACGGACGGAAGCGCAUUGUUUAAGUGCACGGAGGUGGCCAAUUGUACAGGGAUUGUGAAAAUUCGCUACGAAGAAACGGAGAAUGGUUCGUCAUCGCCGGUUGUAAUUUUCGAUACGGCUCACAGUCACACUAGUGGCCUUACUAAUGCAGGAAACUCCGAUGAGAGGGGACUCAAACCUACCGUUGGUAAGAGCAAACGGAAAAGUCCUGUCAAGAUGGUAAAAUAUUCCCCUAGUGACGGUGGUGAUACCGGGAAAGAAUAUCAACUGUUUAAGAACGAUCGUGGCCAGGUGUCGCUCGUCUACAAGGACUAUCGGUUUUCGUUGCGCAAUCUGAACCCAAAGGGUGAUUCUAGCUGGAAAUGUCGCUCGAAUCGAUUGUGCAAUGCGUACGUAAUCUUCAGUAAAGAUGGGCACGUUAUACCAAACGCUGAAAAGGGCGAACCGAAAGUGAUGCCGCACAAUCAUCCGAUUAAUGGCGAAUAUAUUGGACGAGCCGUACCGAUACAGUUGGAUGAGCUUCAUCCACCUGCGAACAAUUUGGGCCAGUUCGUGUCGAACUGGAUGGGUGGAUUGUAUAAAACCGUGCUUGGUUGGAAGCCGAGAGCGUCCCAGAAGUCACCUAUGAAGAUGACGAAGACCGUGGCACCACACCAUAACAACGAGCCAAAAAAUGUCAUCAACCAUAAGAACUAUUCCUAUAAACUGCAGACCACGAAGAAUGGGCGCGAAUUUUGGCGUUGCACCAUGUUCAAAGCAAGAGCCUGCCGGGCAGGUCUAUUCUGCACCAACAAUGGCACUGUCAUACAGUACGGAAAUGGACGCCAACAUAAUCAUGAACCGGCCAAACCGUUGGCAGCGUCGAUUGGACAUCAAAGUAAUACUCCACGAAAAUCGUUCCUCUCGAUUGGUGGUGCAAAGGCGAAGGCAAUGGUGGAUGGUGCAUAUUCCCCGCUUACUGUAGUACAGAAAUCGAUCAAACGUAGCCAGAGUGCGUUACCGUUUGAUGAACAGUCCACAGACGACACUGUCACACCAUCACCACCGUCAUAUCAGAUCAUUAAAAAGGAUGGCAUUGAUACGCUACACUACGAGCGACAUCGAUACUCCGUGAGCUUUAGUAAGCGGGAAGAGAAUACCAGCGAUAAGGAACCGAAACGAUGGCGCUGCUGCCUAUGGAACAGCCGUCAUCAGUGCCCGGUGGAGUUAACCAUCUCACCAACGGACGAAAUACACUUCGUAACCGAUCCAACCCAUAACCAUCGUCCACCACCGCCCGAACCGCAAGAAUCGCUCGACCGGCAGUUGGUCGUUUUCAGUGGGACGAAAGGUACGAAGAAGUACGAGCUGAUGGGCCGGUCACAAAAAAUAGUCUUUUACAAGGGAUACAAAUUCAGCUGGAAGGAAGAAUGCAACGGCACGGCGUAUUACCGCUGCCUGUGCCAUUCGUCCCACGAUUGUGCCGUAACGGUGAAGAUAGAUUUAAACGGGCUACUGUACGAAUGUUCCGCAUCCGCAUCGCAUAACCACAGUCCAACGUUGGACCCGUCCGCGGACUCAGUGGUCACACUGCCGGAAAAACCAAUGACCGAACGGAACAUUGCAUCUCGGCAGACUAGACUGGCGCAGUGCUCCAAAACAGGAUCGUCCGACUAUAGAUUCGUUCGCUCGUGUCUCGGCAUUUCUAUGAUAUUUGAAGGUCAUCGAUACUGGCUGCACAGUAAACUGUCGUGCGGACUUAUCGUGUACCGAUGUCGGUAUCAAAAACAGAAAGAUUGUACCGGUUCCGUGUAUAUGGAUGCGAGCACGCAGCUACUGUAUCAUCGGUACGAUGCUGAGCAUAAUCAUGAGCCGCAGGCAGAAGAUGCAGUUGCGGGCCUUGAACAAGACACUACCAACACUAGCUUGAAUGUGUCGGAACCCAACGACAGCAGCAGUGUCCAUCAUGCUGAGCCAGACCUCGACAAUAGUAGCAUCAGCAGUACUAAUUGCCUACCAUCGGCAGCCAUCGUUCCAAAGAAGGAAGUUAUAAUUACAAACGACUACUCCUUUAUGAAGGAUUCCUUAAACAAAAACCAACUCUUGUAUGAACAGUACGUGUUCGAGAUGGUUCCCUUGCAGUAUCGAAAAAAUGGGGACAAAUAUUACAGCUGCCUGUUUGCGGAUUGUUCUGCCGCGGUAAAGCUGCUCGCUUCCGGGGCCUUGGACAUAUCGAACCCAAUUCACCACGCACACGAACGACCGGAUCUUACCGAUUACCGUGACGUUGGGAAGGGAUCGUCCGAUUUUCUUACACUAGCGUCGAGUACUGAUCCUGGCACAAUACCCAUGAUAAGGUUCGAAGGCUAUAAGUACUGUGCAGCGGCAGUUGCUAAGCCUUCGCCGGAUGAUACAAAGCUGUUCCACUGUCAGGAGAAGAAUCGUGCCACUGGACGCUGUUCUGCGACGCUGGAAAUGUUGCCUAAUGGGCGUGUUAUUGUUAUCUCUGACACACAUCACCAUCCGAAGCCGAACGAGACCGAAAAUGAGGACUCCAAAGAAACAACCCAAUCAAAUAUAUUAGUGAUAGAUGGACGAUCCUACGCUUACUUAGAGACGCAACCCGAUGGUACAGGCGUAUGGAAAUGUAUCGAUGAUCGUAAAUGUAUGGCCAAAGUGUACAAGAAACCGGAUGGGAGCUUGGUGCACGGUACCAUUAAACAUGUGUUAAGGCAUGUCAUGGCAAAAUUGCCGAACCAAUUGGCGUCUUCAGUAGUAACGAAAUCAUCUGCACCUGUUAUUGCCGCUUCUUCGUUGAGUAUCUCUACCAACUCCAGCAGCAGUACCCUACCUACUAGUGGCAAUCUGCGUACAAAAUGGUACAAAGGUAAUCGGUACAACUUUUAUCUGACUCGUCGUGACGGCGUUCAGUAUUGGCGAUGCUGCAAACGGAUGGGGGACAAGUGUGAGGCCGGUAUCUUUUGUCAUCCUAGUGGUAAAAUUGUUCCAUCCAACCAAUGGCCCCAUUCCCAUCCACCACUGAAUCCAUCCGCCAGCCAUUCGGAACCGGGGCGGCCAAAAAAGGCUACAGAAUACAGCAGUGAAGUGAAGCAGCUAGUCGAGGACGGUAACAAAUCGGAUGCGAAAGUGACGACGAACCAUCCGCUAAGAAUUUCAUUGGAUGCAAACGAUGCGUUCGUUUGGUACAGGGGAGUUCAAUAUUCGCUGCGGCGCCGUCGCCCCGAUGGUAUACGCAUUUAUCGCUGCCGCAACAAACCGUGCAUUCAUAGUCUGGUAGUUACAAAGCAGGGAAAGAUCAUUUCCAAAAAGACAACGUGGCACAGCUGCGAAAGUCAAACCAGCAGCAGCAGCAGCAACGAAGACAACAAAGGUAAGGAACUAGUGCCUUGGACCAACAGCGCUAGUGGGCCUGGUUUCGAUAAGCCUGAAAUAGAAGAUCCUGAUGAUUUGGAUGAUCACAACGAUAGUACCGACAUUCAACCGAUAGUCAAACGCAUCCGGUUGGACGGUAGCAAUACGGGAAUAGUUUUGGACAGCAACCGCGAGCAAGGAUCGGACGUCAUUUUACACACGGUGGACAGACGGGCGAACAAUCUCGACACCGAACCCGAUGCCGAACGAGAGGUAGAACCUGUCGAGGAAAGUCACGGGGGGCUAGUGCCGAUGGGUGACUUCAUGGAUGGAAAUGGAGCGACAAGCAGCACAUGGGACGAACCAGAAUAUAUAAUACAUGAGUUCGAAGGUAUAGACGCGAACGAUGGCGACGCCGGCUUGCAAACAGAAAAUCAAUCAAUGGAUGAUGAUCAGGAGGAGGAAGCCUUUCAAACAUUGUCUGCUGUAGAGAGUUUUGGCGAAAGUUUGACGUGCCACGAUGCCAGCAAUUUGUAA